UUGAGACAACCAGUCUCUGUUAAUGUUUGGGUUAUUUAUUUAUGUAUUUUCACCAGUAUCAUAUUUUCAUUUUCACCAAGGAGGUAUAUAGCUGCAUCCUCUUGUCCCUGGCUGCAUCUUCUUGAUGUUCAAGAUUUAGUUUCAGUGAAAUAGUCUUACGGAGUAUAUGACCUUAGAUUAAAAAAAUGUCAAUAGAUACUACAAAAAUUCAGAAUACAAGCAUAUCAGAUGAAUUAAAGAUUUCAGAGAAAGCUAGUAAUGACGACGAAAUUAGUGAAAUUAAAGAUUCUGAUAUUGGCUGUGUAGGAGGACAAUGUAAACCAAAUAAUUAUAAUGCUGAAAAUGCUUGUCAUGAAGUUUCGGUUAAUUAUCCUAGUGCACUAUAUUUGAAUGAUGUUUCAAGAUUUCGUCAUGAAAAAAUGUUGAAUAAUGAGGACUAUUUUGAUUCAGUUUCUAAUAAUAAGCAGCAAUGCAGGAAGAACAACGAUGUUGAAACUGAGGAACUAGUGAAUGAGUUUAUCAGCAGAAAAAAAAAUAGAAAGUUUACUGUUUUCCAUAGUGAUUCCGAAGAUGAAAGUAUACCUACUGCAAUUUGUGAAGGAAAUUCUGAUGAUCAAAAUAAUGACUCUGAGAAGGUUUAUAGGAAAAAACAUAAAAGAAUAGGUGUAUUUAACAGUGAUUCAGAACAGGAAAGUGAGGAUGGUCCAAUUCAGGGUUAUGAUAUAAAUGAAAAAUUGGAAUACAAAUCUGUUGCUCACAAUGAUAAUGGAGGACGAACUGAAAUAAAUAGACAGCAUCAGGAUGAAAUAAUCUCUACUUUAUGUGAUCCAGAAAGCUCCGAUGAAAAUAAUGAAGAGGAUUCAGAGAAGGGGGAAGAAAAUAUUUCUGACUCAGAAUUAAAAGCAUUGCAAUGUCAUGAAGUCAUAUCUAAAUCCAGAAAAGGAUUAACGGAACAGAAAUGUGACCAUAAAACAGAGAAAAUGACUGCAAAAAAAGCACUUGAGCAAAGAAAAGAAAUACUUGCUGAAUCACAAAGGAGAGUAAGAGAAUCAAGAGUUUCUUUACCUUACCAUAAACCUAAGACUAGGACUCUUAAGGAAUUUUUACAAAACCGCCCAAAGUUAGCUGCACCUUUAAGUGAAGUUUCCCAAGGAGCUUCUCGAUCUAUAUCUAUAAAGAUGAGCAUUCAGCAAUUAGAAAUAGUCAGUCAGAAGAUGAAAGAAAGAGAGAAAGAGGUUGAAGAGUUCUACAAAUCAGAAAGUGAAUCAGAACAUGAAGACGAAAUAUCCUCAACUACAAAUAUCAGUAUUAGCUGUGAACCUACCGUGGAAGAAAAUCAAAAUGACGAUUCAAUAAUGAAAGAACUGAUCAACGAAGAACUUCCCAAAGAAGGACCGGAAAAUGAAGAUGGCAAUGAAAUGACUACUGAAAUCGUAACAAAUAUUAAAAACAUAGAUUCAACUGAGGAUAAAGUAAAUCAAAGCACGGACGAAAUUUCACAACCAUCUGAAACAGGAUAUACAAGGAAAAUAGACGAAGAAAUGAUCCAGUGUGAAAUAACAGAAGUAAAAGAAACAGGAAAACACGAAAUUCUUGAUACAAAAGAAUAUAGUGAAUCUGAUCAAAAGACACUUAUCGAUGUUCUGAAUACAGAUAAUCCCGAGAGUUGUCGCAGCGAAGAAUCAGAAGUAACAGAAUCUUUCCAAACGGAACCCAUAGUUUUGAAUGAAAGUAAAGAAAGGGACACUACCAAAAAAAGUGAGAAAAUCAUACUCUUGUCUGAUGUUCUUGUAGUUCCAAUAAAAUCAAAUGAGUCUAACAUAAAAAAAUAUAACUUGGAUGCUGAAUUACUUGAACUUGCAUCUGAAGCUGAAAAAGAGGUUAAAGAUCUCAAUGAAGACUACGAAUUUAAUUUGGAUGGUAUUGAAGACGAGAUGGUAGAAAAUGAAGGAAUUAUUGGGAGAAUAGAUAGAUUCAAGGCUAUAUCGAAGAGAAGAUCAGCAAUUCUGGAAAAGUUGGGGGAACUCAAACCGAGACUGAGUGUAGGGCCAAAUGAAGUUAUUGAUCUCGAGAAUGGCAUUGCUAUGCCUGAUGAAAUAUCUAGGUUGAGAGAAAGAUUCAUGAAACAUAAUUUGAAGUUGGAGAAGAAUUCAAACAAAAAAAAGGAAAUAAGCAUUACGAGUGUUGCGGAUGGCCAAAUACAUAGAGAAACCUUAUCUUUGAAAAUGGAGGAAAACGAGGAUGCAGAUAUGAAGCCCUUAGAGAAACCUGGAGUCAGAAUGCAAAAAUUGCGUGAAGAACUUCAAUAUCAGAUGGCAAAGAGACGCUCGGAUUUAUGGAGGGAAAAACUGAUAAAAAAGAACGAUUGUGAAAAACUUGAUGGAGAUACAGAUAAUGAUGAGAAAUUCGAUACGAAAGACAUAUUGGAUGAUGAAGAUGAAGAAGACUUUACAGAUCCAGAAGAAGAAUUAGAAGAAAAUGAUUGUGAUAUGUCAGAAAACAUACGAAGAAAAUCGGAUUUUGUGAAUGAAGAAGCUGAAGAAAGUGAAUUAGAGGGAAAUGAUGAUGAGGAAGGUCUACCUGAGGAAAAUGAGGAAGAAGAAGAAGAAUAUGAGACACAAGAAGAAGAUGAAAAAGUUGAGGAGGAGGAAGAAAUGGAAACAGUAGAUCAUGAAGAAACCGCCCAAAAAAAAAAAGUUCUGAAGAGAAUUAUCAGGCCUCUUGACGACGAUUCGGAUGAUGACAAUGCUCCAAACAAAAUUUCGGACGUAGUGAUAAAGAACAAUUAUAGUGAAAACUUUUUGACUUCCGUUCAGCCAACCAAUUACAAAACAACUGAAUUAGUCCUAUCCCCCCACAAAUCGGAAAAUCAUUUUGCUACUCCUGUUACCUAUAUGACUGGUCUUAGAAAUUUGAACACCUCAGGUUUAAAGUUUGUGGAUCCUGAAAUUGAAGAGGGAGAUAAAUCGCUUGACAAAUCUGAGAUCCAUGCUAAAAGAGCAGAAAAAUUCGAGGAUUCCAGUGUUUCCGCAGAAAAUUCAGUAAAUUCGAAUUUUUUAUCCACUCAAGAUGUACUAGAUAUCUGUUCUGGUGAAUUCCAAAAUUCUCUAAAAUGUGUUUCGAGUCCGGAGAUAUCCACUCAACAACUCCGGGAAGUUUUCACAGGAAGUAUGAAGUCUUCAUGUGAUUUCAAUACACAGGAUAUGAAUGAUAUUUGCUCCGGGGGAUUCACAGGUAUUUCACAAACCUCUCAAGUAAAAGAAAAAGAAAUGGUCCUUGAUGACAACGAUGAACAUUUGAUAUCCCAACUGAUAGAUGAAGAUGAGCUAGAAAAUUUCAAAAAGAAAUUCGAAUCUCCAGGUGUCGCCAACAAUUCAAGUACCACAAAAAAAUUAACUUUGGAAACCUUAAACGAAGUUUCAGGAACAGGAGGCGUUAUUGAUUCAGAUGAUGAAGAGGGAGGAUUGAAAUUGAAAAAUAAAAAAAGAAAACGUCUUGCCUUCUCAGAUGAUGAAGAAAGCUCAAUGAGUGACACUCCCCAAGAAGAAACCAUAGAUCUCCAGGACGACGAAGGACUUGCUAAUGUAGAUUAUGAUUCUGAAGAAAAUGAAGUUGAAGCUGUAGAUGAUCAGGAAUCCUCUGAAGGUCAGAAGAAAGAAAAAAUUAAAGCAUCUGAUUUUUUUGAGGAGGAGGCGGAGCUCUCUGAAUCAGAAUGGGGUAGUGAAGAUGAAGACGAAAGGAAUUUAGACGAUCUGGAGUUCGAAAAAGGAGAUGAGGAGAAUUUUGAUGAAGAUAAAUUGAGAACAGAUAUUGAGAAAUUACAAAUGAGGCAGAUGCUAGAUGAAGAUAACCGUGAAGUAAAAAUGCUCCAGGAACUUUUACUUGAAGAUGGCGAAUUACAUGGUUCAGGAAGACAACGACAAUUCCGGUGGAAAAAUAUUGAUACAGCUACUAAUGAUGCAGAAGUAAAGAAGGAUGAUGAGGACGACGAUAUAUAUUUAGAAGAAGAUGAGACUGAAGAACAAUGGAGAAAGGAGAGACAUCAGAGAGAAAUGUUGAAAUUGAAGCAACAAUCACAACAGGAAGAAGAUAGCCUGAUAAUAGACAGUCAAUCGUUAUCUUUCGCACAUAAAUCUUUGAAGAUAAAAAGUCAAACUAGUUUGAAUUCUCAAACUGUCUGCAGUGAAUUAGAUUCCAGUCCUAAAGUGAAGCAGCAAUUUGCAUUAUUGAGUAAGAGAGGAUCAUUUUUGAGUAGAGGCGACAAAAUAUUGCAGAAAAUCGCAGAAACCAGCAAGGUGACUUUCGCUUCCAAAAAUACCAACAGAAUUGUAUUCCAAACUAUUGAUGAGGAUACGAAAAAAAGGAAAGCUUCCUCAACAAACAUAGGCGACUCAACUCCAGUUGCGUUGAAGAAAUUGAGGCUUUCAGGACUGAGCCCUGGACUGAAUAAAGAUAGACCUAAGUUAGCAAAAUCUAUUUUCGAAAAAAUACUACAAGAUUGAUAAAAGUGAUAAUACUAUAUAGAAAUACAAAAUUCAUAUUUUAUAAGUGUUAUAUUCUGAACGCAUACUUUUUCUCAGAUGCUUUCAUGAAAGCCUAAUGUAAUACGCAGGACGAUUCAAGUAGGUCGUGCAGUUGGAGAUUUUCCAGUUGUAGUUGAAUUAGGAACUAUAAAUUUGUUAUACGUUGUAAGUGUUUUUAAGAAAAACCAAAAAAUUUCGCCCCAUAUAAAAACAUCACACCUCGUAUGUGGUUGCACUAUUGCAAGGUAUAGGCUCUUCAGAAGUAAUUUUUUUCAAGAAAAAGGACAGUGGAACGGAGUUUUCUCACCACUUGCUGCGUUCGAAGGUUCCAUUUCGAAUGAUGUCCAUUACUACGCUCAAAUACGUUUUUUGCGUGAGUGCAAAGAACAGAGCAUACUGAAUCAAGGACCUUUAUAUUUCUUUUACUUUAUUUAUUUCAUUUCAUUGUAAUCGACUGUCCAAUUACAGAUUACAUUUUAAAUAGAAAAUGAAUACAAUAUAAUGAACACAUUGUAA